UCAGGCCGAACGGCGAUGCACCAGGCAGCCAUAUUUGGGAACUGGGGGACGCUGGAGGCUCUUGCGGCGGGCGGGGCCGACGUGGACCCCGUCGAUGAUGAGGGCGACACGCCUCUCCACGACGCAGCUUCAAACGGGGAGCUUCUCGCGGCGGGCGUCCUGACUGGCCUCGGGGCGUCCACCAGCAAGAAGAAUAAGAAAGGGAAGACUCCGCAGGACCUGUUGGGGAAACCUUCCGCUGAUGAACUCUUCUCCAUGGCGAAGAAAUGUGCUGAAGCCGAGAAGGAAAGGAUGAGGAAGAUGCAGGACAAACUCGAGGAGCAGAAGGAGAUGAAGAAGAGGUACGACUCGAAGGAGGCGGAGGCAGCCGCCCUGCAGAAGGAAAACGAAAAGAUUAAGAAAGACCUUCAGGAAAAUGAGAGAGAGAGAAAAAAUCUGAAGGAGAAACUCGAGGAGCAGCAGAAGGAGAUGAAGAAGAGGUACGACUCGAAGGAGGCGGAGGCAGACACUCUGCAGAAGGAAAAUGGAGAGUUGAAGAAGGUGCUUCAGGAGAAGGAAAAGGAAAACAAGGACAAACUCGAGGAGCAGGCGAGGAAGAUGAAGAAGAGGUACGACUCGAAGGAGGCGGAGGCAGCCGCCCUGCAGAAGGAAAACGAAAAGAUUAAGAAAGACCUUCAGGAAAAUGAGAGAGAGAAAAAAAAUCUGAAGGAGAAACUCGAGGAGCAGGGGAAGGAGAUGAGCAAGAGGUACGACUUGAAGGUGGCGGAGGCAGCCAUCCUGCAGAAGGAAAAUGGAGAGUUGAAGAAGGAGCUUCAGGAGAAGGAAAAGGAAAACAAGGACAAACUCGAGGAGCAGGAGAAGGAGAUGAAGAAGGAAAUCGAAAAGUUGAAGAAAGACCUUCAGGAAAAGGAAAAGGAGAACAAGGACAAACUCGAGGAGCAGGAGAAGGAGAUGAAGAAGGAAAUCGAAAAGUUGAAGAAAGACCUUCAGGAAAAGGAAAAGGAGAACAAGGACAAACUCGAGGAGCAGGCGAGGAAGAUGAAGGCAGAAACCAAACAGGUAGAGACCGAGUACGAGGCCCGACUGCGAGACUCGAACAUAGCCUACAACACCAAAGAUGACGAGGCAGCCGACCUGAAGAGUAAGAACAUAGACCUGAUGACGGAGAUGGGAAGAAAGGAAGAAGAAAUCGCAUCUCUAAAGGAGACGGUGAAGCAAGCGCAAUUGCAUCAGCGAAGGUGUGAGAGUAAGGCGAGGAAGCAUGAGGCCGAGAAGGAAGGUCUCAACCAGCAAAUCGCAGAUCUUCAGGAAUACAUUGCAACUUUACAGGCAGAGCAUGAAAGGCUGAAAAGUCUCAAAGCAAGGGAGAAGACGAAGGAGAAAGAAGCAGCCAACGCGAGAGGCGAGCUUGAGGAGAAGCUCAGUAGACGAGACAAGACGAUUGAGGCCCUCAAGAAAAAGCUCAGUGAACAAGAAGAGGCAAGAGAAAUGGACUCGCAACCCGAAGAGGAAGAGAGCGAGUUAAAGCGAAUGAAGAGGCAGUUAGAAAUACAAGAGGAAACGAUGAAGGGCCUUCUUUCUGCGGUGGAAGGUCUUCGUCUGAGAGAAAUGGAGGCAAGUCCUUUCUCUUAUCAUAAGAGUUUAUAUAUCUAUGUCUACCUAUUUAUAUAUACAGCCACAAAAAACACAAACACGUGUGCGUGCGUGUGUAUAUGUGUGUGUGUAUGUAUAUAUAUAUUAUAUAGAUAGGUAGAUAUAUAUGUA